GCAACAAUGACGUCACAUACAUGUCAACCGUGAAUGACAGCUCUCUGGCCGCUAAUUGUAUCUACAAGACAAGAUUGCAGUCAGGCGACCUCAACCUAUUCCACUACCUCCUCACAGAUCGCAAUGGCCACUUGACAAUCUACGAAGCGACAAAAAACUCAUCUUUCCAUCAUUCCCAUCAACUCGUGUCACGUUCCUGGCCGCCAUGGACUCACCCAAAAAGCGCGACUCGGUACGCAUACCGGAACGCAAGUCUGUUGCGCCGACGGCUGCGUCGAAGCUUGGGCUUACUGACAAGCGUAUGCUUGCGAAUUGCUUCCUUGCAUCCGUCUUACUUGGCGCUACAUCUAUGUCCUGGCCUGUUCGAUGGAUACUCUCCGGUGCGCCGUUACUGGUGUACGCAAUACUGCUUGGGGAUUCGUAUGGUCACCGCAUCCUGCCUUUCGCCCCAGUUUGGUCUAUGUUCGCCACAAUCAACUUGACAUAUUUCGUAUGCUCGACCUCUUGGCUUUUAUACGGAGUGUUUGCUACUUUCUGCUGGCCGACACUUCUCAUCACAUGCCUUUUCCAAUUCGAUGCUCCUGCCGGCCUUGCCCGUCGCACGUUGAGGAAGACAUUCCUCCGAGAUCUGCACUUUAUCAAUGAUCAAAUCGCUUUCUUCGAUCUACCUGCGUUGGAAAUUGACACCGAAGUCAAGGGUCUGUUCGUCAUUCGCGGCCUCACAUUGUCGCUCUCGACGUUGACCCUUGUUGCACACGGAAUAGAAGCGGGUAUAAAGCUAUCAGAUGAAAUUGAACUCGCCAUCCAAGUAGACAAAGUCACCGUACCUCUCUUCAGACAAAUUCAAGUAGACGAUGUCUACGCCAAUGUGAAAGGAGGGGAUUGGGAGGUCACCUUUGGAUCUGUUGAGUACGGUAUACCUGAACCAGACGACGAUGACUCGGUCCUUGUCAGUAACACCGCUAUUCUGAGAGCAGCAACGGUCGCGCGUGAUGGCAAUAUGCCCCGUCCAGCGGAGAUGGUUCGGAACAUGACGGCUGGAGAGAUACCAACAGACUCUCAUGACACAAAGUCGGCCUUCGCGUCCGUGAAGCAAUUGUCGCCAGACGAGGAGUCGGCGAACAUCAAGUACCGAGAGUACGUCCAGCACAUCGCAGAAACCAGCCACAUAGCAAUAGCAAAGAAAGCGUUGAUAGAAGCCUCCAAACAAGAAGAGGGAGACAGCAGACUAGAUCCGGAUAACGUAGACGAUUUGCGAGCAGCGAUAUGUGCGCGACUCCACAAUAGCCCUUCGAUACCUCACCCCCCGGCGAAGUCGAUUCGGGUCUCGACGCUCCGUAAGACUAGCCAUCCGAAAAUCAAGAAGUUUUUGCACCGGUUUCCGUUUCUUUAUCGGCUAAUGCUUACUCCGAUCUGCUAUUGGCACCCCGUCAAGUUCAGUUCCGUUACCGCAGCUGGGUCAGGCAAGUGGUUUGUGAGUCUGAUGCGGAAGUACCUCUUCAAGCACUACACUGGACAAGAUGCGGAGAUCCGCAGGCUGGAGGCUCGUAUCUCUGCUUGGUGCGCAGAUGCCAAUUUCUCCGUUGAACUCGGAUCGAUUCUGAGCACCACCGAGUUCCCGGUAAAUACAAAUAACGACAUUAAAUGUCACUUCACCAUGUCCGAUGUCAUGGCAUACAGAGCACUUCCAGACGCCGUCGAACUUAAACAGGUGGUUCGAGUAGGAGGUGCGGAUGCCAUCCUCUCGAUACCUGUUUUCCUAUUCCCACAUCACGAACACAUCAUGCCCAAGAUCUUGACUGAAUUCGAAGAUAUGGAGAUACAACAAGUGAUCAAGGAACUUGAAGGCACUCCUAAGGCGAUACAAACCCAACAGGAACUUGAUAGGCGCCGCAAAGACGAAGCAAGCAUGCACAUCUCCGGGCAUGCGCAUCUUCCAGCACAAUUCCAUCAAGAUCUGCUCAAUUUUGUUGCUGCGCUUGUCAAGGCAACAAAGGUCAUAGAAAGCGACAAAGAUUUCGAGGAAGCAAGACUGCAGCGAGAUCUCAAGCGUGCUAGUGCGGCAAGCGUUGCUGGCAACGCUUCUGAGACUGAGGUGAGCAGCGUCGCGUCCGACAACACUAUUUCCGACGACAAAGGCUUCAAGGCUUUCCUACGAAAAGUCGAUACGGGAUUCAAGGAGGCCUCAAACAAGACGGCGGUGGGCAUGCGCAAAGCUGGGGCCAGUACAAUGCAUGUGAUGGCGAACGAUCGCUGGAUUGCACGGCUUGUGGGCAAAGUGACGCGGAAACUGGAGAACGCGCAGGGCGAGAUUGGUUAUUCAGGGGAUGUUCCCGUGCCUAUGGAUAAGCACCGGUUGCGGGCGGAGGAUGAAACCAAGAUCUUACCUUGAGUUUCACGACAGACAAUGGGAGGCCGAGCUUUGAUGCAUGAUACCAACUCCAUAGCGCUUCAUGAGCACUGUGUACAGCGACCGAGUAAUGAUGCUAAAAUGAAACUAUUCACAAGACGGCUGUUCGUUGACAAGUUACACAUAUUCAUGUGAUUGACAUACAUCGAAGGUGUCUGGAGUCAAUG